UCAUAUUUCAUUUUCUAUUUUCUCGUGAAUGUGAAAGAAGCUAAACCCAGAAAUUCCUCCUCAUCAUCAAAAGUUGCAGAAAAGGUCAAACGAAAAUGGCAUUUCCACUUCUCAGAGCAGUACCCAACACCUCUGCUGCCAUAGCAGCAUCUUCGAUCCCUGCAACCUUUGCCUUCUCUUCUUCCUAUUUCUCUUCGUCUUCGUCUCCAUCUUCCAAUUCAUUUCGAUUCGCAAAAACCCAUCUUUCCUCUUUCACGAAUCCACCAAGGGCCCCCCGCCAUUUCCACCUCGUCCAGAGCUUCGCCCAGUCUCCCUCAGCUCUGCCCAUGGAAGCUCCCACAUCCCAGCAGAAUGGUGGGGUUUUGCCGGAGCUACUUACUGAGUUUAUGGUGGAUAUGAAGUGCGAGGGAUGCGUUAACUCGGUCAAGAAUAAGUUGCUGACUGUUGAUGGGGUGAAGAACAUUGAGUCGGAUUUGACAAAUCAGGUUGUGCGAGUUUUGGGUACUUCCCCUGUGAAAGUUCUGACAGAAGCAUUGGAGCAGACCGGCUGCAGAGCCCGUCUGAUAGGCCAAGGGGUACCUGAAGAUUUCUUAAUUUCUGCUGCUGUCGUUGAGUUCAAAGGCCCUGAUAUUUUCGGCGUAGUUCGAUUUGCUCAAUUGAACAUGGAAUUGGUACGGAUUGAGGCCAACUUUAGUGGACUCUCUCCUGGAGCACAUGGUUGGUCCAUCAAUGAGUUUGGUGAUCUGACAAGAGGCGCAGCUAGCACUGGGGAUGUCUUCAAUCCUGAGGCUGAAGGGACCAUGGAGACGUUCCUGUGCUGCCACAUUGGACAUGUGACACAUCUUUUAGUGAUGUUUGAAGCCAAGGUGGUGCCACUUAGCAUGCGUCCAAACAAGGUCCAUCGGAUUGGCGACCUGGAAACAUUGGAAGCUGACAAGAAGGGCGAGGCCUUCUUCUCGGGUGUAAAAAAGAAUCUGAGGGUUGCUGAUCUGAUUGGGCGGUCGGUAGUUCUGUACCGAACCGAAGAUAAGUCGGAGGCAGGCAUUGAAGCUGCUGUAAUAGCAAGAAGUGCUGGUGUAGGUGAGAACUACAAGAAGCUCUGCACAUGUGACGGGACAAUCAUAUGGGAGUCUAGCAGUAAUGAUUUUGUCACUGCAAAUGUUUGAUUGCUCUAGCCCUAUUGAAAAUGGCAGAAUUUUCACGUCAUGUCAUCAGAUUUGUACAACUAAUUUGUAAGCCGCGUGUGCUCGAAAUUAUUGGCAACACUAUACACUGAUUGAAGAGCUUUUCUUCUGUCGUUCAAAGUGUCGGAUCUUAAGGCUGCUGGUUGCUCAUGUAGGGCCUUCACCUGAUUAAAAGAUUUCGGCGAUCAUGACUGUUUUCAUCA